GUAGCAAAGGGCGUCUGCUCCAGGGGAGGGGCCCUUCUUAAAGGGGCCGCGCGCUCCCUGCCGCUGCCGGGCGGAGGUAGAAGGAGCUGAGCGCCCCCGGAACGUGGGACACCAGCCGGGCGUGUGACGUGGUCCCCACAGUUCUCACUGUGGGUCCGUGAGGGGCAGACGGACCCGGUGACCAAAAGGGUCAGGUGGAGCCCGGUGACCAAAGCAUUAAGCCGAAGCUCCGCCUCCUGCGAAUGCGAACAGGGUGUUCAGGACCCCCAACUUUCAGCCCCUACAAAGAACAACAGCCCUGCCAACCAAUCAGCUACGAGGACGGCUGCGGUCCUGGCUCCCAUUGGGAUGGGAGGAUGAGGAUCAGAGACCGACAGCACGUUCCCCGACGUCGCACAGCACGCCCUCGGCCUGACCUUCGUCUUCACCCCUCCGCUCUGUCCCCCUUCCAGAGUCAUCAUGGCCUUUUGCCCUCAGUUGGCGCUUUUACUUUGGAAAAACUACAUUUAUCGCAGGAGACAGCCGAUCCAGCUACUCGUGGAACUGCUGUGGCCCCUGUUCCUGUUUUUCAUCCUGGUGGCCGUUCGUCACUCGCACCCCCCAGUAGAGCACCACGAAUGCCACUUCCCCAACAAGCCACUGCCAUCUGCAGGCACGGUGCCCUGGCUCCAAGGACUGAUCUGCAACUUAAACAACUCUUGCUUCCAACAUCCAACGCCAGGAGAGAAGCCAGGGGUCCUGAGCAACUUUAAAAACUCCCUGGUCUCCCGGCUCCUGGCUGAUGCCCGCUCAGUGCUGGGAGGCCGCAGUGCCCGAGACACACUGGCUGCUCUCAGGAAACUGUUGCCAUUGCUCAGAGCUGCGCAAAGUGAAGCUUGGCUACAACAGAAUGACCAGCCAAAUGAACAGCCCAUGCUGACCACAGAGAUCCUGGAGACGCUUCUGAAAAGGGCUUCCCUGGUGUCUGCAAUGGGGCAAGCCCAGGACCCCCUGGCCCGCUUUCUGGAUGCUGCUAAGGACUUUGCCCAGGAGCUGCUGACCCUGCCCAGCCUGAUGGAGCUCCGAGGUCUGCUGCGGAGGCCCAAAGGGAUAGCUGGGCCCCUAGAGCUGAUGUCGGAAGCCCUGUGCAGUGCCAAGGGGCCUAGCAGCCCAGGUGGCCUCUCCCUCAAUUGGUAUGACGCCAGCCAACUAAGCGACUUCCUGGGGCCUGAGCUGGUGCCUACCCUGCCUGAUAGCAGCCUCAGCCCUGCCUGCUCUGAGUUAAUGGGAGCACUGGAUGACCACCCACUAUCACACCUGCUCUGGAGGCGCCUAAAGCCACUGAUCCUUGGAAAAAUUCUGUUCACACCUGACACAAACUUCACCCGGCAGCUCAUGGCACAGGUGAACCGGACCUUUGAGGAGCUUGCACUGCUGAAAGACCUGCCUGAAGUCUGGGGGGUCCUGGGACCCCAGCUCUUCAACUUCAUGAAUGACAGCUCAAAUAUGGCCUUACUCCAGAGGCUGUUGGAGGUUAGAGGGCAGAGGCAGCUGAGCCCCAGAGGCCAGGCGCAGGUGGAGGCCAUCAGAGCCUUCCUGGACCCCAGCCGGGGUGGCUACAGCUGGCGGGAGGCCCAUGCAGACGUGGGGCACUUGAUGGGCACCCUGGGCCAAAUCAUGGAGUGCAUAUCCCUGGAUAAGCUGGAGGCAGUGCCCUCAGAGGCGGCCCUGGUGUCCAGGGCGCUGCAGCUGCUGGGUGAGCGUCGCCUCUGGGCAGGCAUUGUCCUCCUGGACCCCGAGGACCCUCCAGAUCCAUCGAAGCCUUCAGCUCCCAGCCACCUGCGCCUCAAGAUCCGCAUGGAUAUUGAUGAUGUCACCAGGACCAAUAAGAUCAGGGACAAGUUCUGGGACCCUGGCCCAUCCGCCGACCCUUUCACCGACUUGCGCUACGUGUGGGGCGGCUUCGUGUACCUGCAAGACCUGCUGGAGCGGGCCGCUGUCCGCGUGCUGAGUGGCCGCGACACUGGCACAGGCCUCUACCUGCAGCAGAUGCCUCACCCCUGCUAUGUGGACGACGUGUUCCUGCGCGUGCUCAGCCGGUCUCUGCCUCUCUUCCUAACCCUGGCUUGGAUCUACUCGGUGGCGCUAACUGUGAAGGCCGUGGUGCGGGAGAAGGAAACGCGACUGCGGGAGACCAUGCGGGCCAUGGGGCUGAGUCGCGGGGUGUUUUGGCUCGGCUGGUUCCUCAGCUGCUUGGGACCCUUUCUGAUCAGCGCGGUGCUGCUAGUGUUAGUGCUUAAGCUUGGGGACAUCCUGCCGUACAGCCACCCCAUCGUGGUCUUCCUCUUCUUGGCGGCCUUUGCCGUGGCCACUGUGGCGCAAAGUUUCCUCCUCAGCGCCUUCUUCUCCCAGGCAAACCUGGCUGCAGCCUGUGGGGGCCUUGCUUACUUCUCUCUCUACCUGCCCUAUGUCCUGUGUGUGGCCUGGCGCGAACGGCUGCCCGUGGGAGGCCGUGUAGCCGCGAGCCUGCUGUCCCCUGUGGCCUUUGGCUUCGGAUGUGAGAGCCUGGCGCUGUUGGAGGAACAGGGCGAGGGUGCUCAGUGGCACAAUUUGGGCACCGGACCCGCGGAGGAUGUGUUCAGCCUGGCCCAGGUGUCUGGUUUCCUCCUGCUGGAUGCUGCAAUCUACGGCCUUGCCCUCUGGUACCUGGAGGCUAUAUGUCCAGGCCAAUAUGGGAUCCCUGAACCAUGGAAUUUCCCCUUUCAGAGGAGCUACUGGUGUGGGCCUGGACCUCCAAAGGGUCCUGCCCUAGCCCCUGACCGACAAGACCCCAAGGUGCUGGUGGAAGAUCCACCACCUGGCCUGAUUCCUGGUGUCUCCAUUCGAGGCCUGGAGAAGCGCUUUCCAGGCUCUCUGCAGCCAGCUGUGCGAGGGCUCAGCCUGGACUUCUACCAGGGCCACAUCACAGCCUUCCUGGGUCACAAUGGAGCGGGCAAGACAACCACACUGUCCAUCCUGAGUGGUCUCUUCCCACCCAGUCAUGGCUCGGCCUCCAUCUUGGGCCACGAUGUGCAGACCAACAUGGGGGCCAUCCGGCCUCACCUGGGCAUUUGCCCACAGUACAACGUGCUGUUUGAUAUGUUGACAGUGGAAGAACACCUGUGGUUUUAUGGACGUUUGAAGGGUUUGCAAGCAGCUGCUGUGGGCCCUGAGCAGGAACGUUUGCUGCAGGACGUGGGACUGAUCCCCAAGCGAGACACACUGACACAUCACCUCUCUGGUGGAAUGAAGCGGAAGCUGUCUGUGGUCAUUGCGUUUGUGGGAGGCUCCCGCGUGGUUAUCUUGGACGAGCCCACCGCUGGUGUUGACCCUGCUUCCCGGAGGGGCAUUUGGGAACUACUGCUUAAAUAUAGAGAAGGUCGCACACUCAUCCUCUCCACUCACCACCUGGAUGAGGCAGAGCUCCUGGGAGACCGUAUUGCCAUGGUGACAGGUGGCCGUCUCUGCUGCUGUGGGUCCCCACUUUUCCUACGUCGGCACAUGGGUUGCAGUUACUACCUGACACUGGUGAAGACACAUCUGGGUCUCAACAUCCAUGACUGGAAGGGGGAGAGCCAGGACCCAAGACUGGAAGAGGGGCCAGACACUGAGGUCAACCUAGCUGGGCUCGCCCUCACACAAGGAGCUACAGAAGAGAGCAGCCAAGUCCUGGCUUCUGUUUCUACGAGGGCUCCUGAUGUCUCCUCAACCAUCACCCCAAGUGUACCCCACCUCCUGGCGUUGGUGCAGCACUGGGUGCCUGGGGCACGGCUGGUGGAGGAUCUGCCCUCUGAGCUGGUGCUGGCACUGCCCUACAAGGGCGCCCUGGAUGGCAGCUUUGCCUCGCUCUUCCAAGCACUAGAUGGACAGCUGGGUGCACUGGGCCUCACGGGCUAUGGGAUUUCAGACACCAGCCUGGAAGAGAUCUUCCUGAAGGUGGUAGAAGAGUACUCUGUGGACACAGACACAGAGGGUGACAGCUUUAGGCAGCACCCUCACAACCGCACAGCUACCCUGCAGCCCCAGACACAGCCAGAGACAUCAGCCAUGGAGAAUGGGGAGCUGGCUGGGCUGAUGAUGGACACUGGGACCCUGAAUGGCUCUGUGCCCCAUGCCACAGGCCUUAUACAAGGCUGGACACUAACUUGUCAACAGCUCCAGGCUCUCCUUCAUAAGAGAUUGUUGCUCGCUCUCCGCAGCCAAAGAGGCCUCUUUGCACAGAUUGCGCUGCCUGCCCUCUUUGUGGGCCUGGCCCUGCUCUUCAGUCUCAUAGUCCCUCCUUUCGGCCAGUACCCUGCCCUGCGACUCAGCCCCACCAUGUACAACCCUCAGGUUUCCUUCUUCAGUGAAGAUGCCCCAGGAGACCCUGACCAAACACAGCUACUGGAGGCACUGCUGGUGGAGGCUGGGCUUCAGGACCCCAGUGCACAGGGCACCACUGCCAGAGUAUCCGAAUGCACACACAUCCUCGUCUGCCAGUUUUCGGUCCCUGAGGUCCCCACAGAUGUGGCCAGCAUCCUGGUCAAUGGCAACUGGACUGCAGAGUUUCCAUCCCCAGCCUGUCAGUGCAGCCAGCCAGGAGCCCGCCGCCUGCUGCCUGACUGCCCAGCUGGGGCUGGGGGACCCCCACCACCCCAGGCCAUGGCCAGUUCUGGGGAGCUGAUCCAGAACCUCACGGGCCGGAUCGUGUCGGACUUCCUCAUCAAGACCUACCCGAGCCUGGUGCGCAAAGGUCUGAAGACAAAGAAGUGGGUGAAUGAAGUCAGGUAUGGGGGUUUCUCCCUGGGGGGCCGAGACCCUGCCCUUCCCUCAGGGCGUGAGGUGGCCCACACGGUGACAGAACUUCGGGCACUGCUGAACCCCCAACCCCGUGAUGCCCUGGAUCGUGUCCUAAGCAACCUCACACAGUGGGGGCUUGGACUGGACAGCCAGAAUAGCCUCAAGAUCUGGUUCAACAACAAGGGUUGGCAUGCCAUGGUGGCCUUUGUCAACCGAGCCAACAACGCACUGCUACAUGCUCGCCUGCCACUGGGCCCUGCCCGCCAUGCCCACAGUAUCACUACAUUCAACCAUCCAUUGAACCUGACCAAGGAACAGCUGUCCAAGGCUGCACUGAUGGCAUCUUCAGUGGACGUCCUGGUCUCCAUCUGUGUGGUCUUCGCCAUGUCCUUCGUCCCAGCCAGCUUCACCCUGGUCCUCAUUGAGGAACGUGUGACAAGGGCCAAGCACCUGCAGCUGGUCAGCGGCCUGCCCCCAACCCUCUACUGGCUCGGGAACUUCUUCUGGGAUAUGUGUAACUACUUGGUGACCGUGUGCAUUGUGGUGCUCAUCUUCCUGGCUUUCCGGAAGAAGGCAUACGUGGCCCCUGAGAACCUGCCUGCCCUCCUGCUGUUGCUGCUGCUGUAUGGCUGGUCCAUCACGCCACUGAUGUAUCCAGCCUCUUUCUUCUUUUCCGUGCCCAGCACGGCCUAUGUGGUUCUCACCUGCAUCAACCUGUUCAUCGGUAUCAACAGCAGCAUGGCAACUUUCAUCCUGGAGCUCCUUUCAGAUCAGAACCUGCAAGAAGUGAGUCGGAUCCUGAAGCAGGUGUUUCUUAUCUUCCCCCACUUCUGCCUGGGCCGAGGCCUUAUCGACAUGGUGCGCAACCAGGCCAUGGCAGAUGCCUUUGAGCGCCUGGGAGACAAGCAAUUUCAGUCACCCCUACACUGGGAAAUCACUGGCAAGAACCUCUUGGCCAUGGCAGCCCAGGGGCCCCUGUUCCUCCUCUUCACGCUCCUGCUCCAACACUGCAGCCACCUCCUACCACAACCCAGACUGAAGCUGCUGCCGCCCCUGGGGGAGGAGGAUGAGGACGUGGCCCAAGAGCGGGAGCGAGUGACCAGAGGGGCCACACAGGGGGAUGUGCUGGUACUCAAGGAUUUGACGAAGGUGUACCGGGGACAGAGGACCCCAGCCGUGGAUCGCCUGUGCCUUGGGAUCCCCCCUGGGGAGUGUUUUGGCCUGCUGGGUGUCAAUGGAGCGGGAAAGACAUCUACAUUUCGUAUGGUGACAGGGGACUUGCUGCCCAGUGGUGGUGAAGCAGUGCUGGCCAGUCACAGCCUAGCCCAGGAGCCAGAGGCAGUGCACCGCCACAUGGGCUACUGUCCUCAGUCUGAUGCCAUUUUCGACCUACUGACCGGCCGGGAGCACUUGGAGCUCUUUGCCCGCCUGUGCGGGGUGCCUGAGGCUCAGGUGGCACAGACGGCCUGCUCAGGUCUGGCGCGCCUGGGCCUUACGAGCUAUGCAGACCGAACAGCAGGCACUUACAGCGGCGGCAACAAGCGGAAGCUGGCGACAGCGGUGGCACUGGUGGGAGACCCCGCCGUGGUCUUUCUGGACGAGCCCACCACAGGCAUGGACCCCAGCGCCCGCCGCUUCCUGUGGAACCGCCUGCUGUCGGUAGUGCGCGAGGGCCGCUCAGUGGUGCUCACGUCGCACAGCAUGGAGGAGUGCGAAGCGCUUUGCACGCGCCUGGCCAUCAUGGUGAACGGCAGGUUCCGCUGCCUGGGCAGCGCCCAGCAGCUCAAGGCCAGGUUUGGGUCUGGCCACACGCUGACCCUCAGGGUCCCACCAGACCAGCCUGAGCCAGCAAUGGGCUUUGUGAUGGCUACAUUCCCAGGGGCCGAGCUCCGGGAGGUGCACGGUGGCCGCCUGCGAUUCCAGCUGCCUCCUGGGGGUUGCUGCACCUUGGCACGUGUGUUCCGCGAGCUGGCUGUGCAUGGCAAGGACCACAGUGUGGAGGACUUCUCUGUGAGCCAGACCACGCUGGAGGAGGUAUUUCUGUAUUUCUCCAAAGACCAAGGGAAAGAGGAAGAGGAGGACAGCAAGAGACAGACAGGAGCCCAUGAGGUUUCCACACCAGGCCUGCAGCACCCCAAAAGUGUCAGUCAUUUCCUGGAGGACCCCAGUUCCAUGGAAACCAUGCUAUGACUGUUCCCUCCCUGUGCUGACCGGAGAGGUCAGGCCAAGAAUCCCCACGACAUACAUGGCUCCCCCAGCACUGGCAUCUCUGGAAAUAAAGAGGAUGGAGAGAGA